GUGCGGGUGCCCGGCGGGGGCGCACGCGAGGCCGGGGAGCCGCGUGGGGGGAGGGGAGGGAGGUUAGACGGGGACCCCCCGCCGCGGCUGCCCCUGUGCGGGCAGCGGCCCCUGCACGUCUGUGGGCGACGGAGCGCAUCUGUCUGCGCGCCGCCGAGUGGGGCUGGGUCCCGGCGGGGGUCGGCGAACCGCGUCUGCCGCGGUGACCUCACCGCCUGGGGCUCCCCAGCCUCCGGCCGUGGGCGGCAGCACAGCCGGCUCGGCGUCCGCAGGCCCGGCGAGCAGGGAAGCCCCGUCCCAGCGUCCCCUUCCCCUCAGACCAGCGCGCACGGGGGUGGGGAGCUGGCUGGAGCCGGGGCGGCCCCUGCAGCGGCGUGUGUGGCGGGCAGGCCUUGGCGGUCCGGGCUGUGGCGGUCCCCCGGGCGCACCGAGGCGGGGUCCUGCCCCCCAGCCCCGCCGCUGUGACCCCACGUCCAACCAGGCCCGCUUGGGCUCUGCCCACCCAGCUGGGAGACGUGGCCUUGUGCUGGCAGGGGGCUGCGGGGAGGGGUGGGGCGGGAGUGGGUCCCGGGCCCCCGCCGGUCGGCGUUUCCCUCCUUUAGCUUUCUCAGCCCCUGAGAGCAGAGCACGGGGUCUGUGUGACCCUCUGUCAGAGGCUCGGAGCAUUCUGACGCCAGAAGGUUCCCGCGCGGACAUGGCGCCUCUCGGUGGGCUCCUCCUGGGUCUGACUAAUCCGAGCUCUAUGAGUUUCACGCAUUCACCUCUCAGCUUCCUGAGCAGAGUGGAGCUCAAGAUGGACUAAACGUUAGUUAACGCCUCUGGCUUCUCUGCUCAGAGCUGUCUCACUGCCUAGAGAACCAGCAGCCUCGAGGGGAGCUUGGCUGCUGGCGGGUUUCGGUUGGGAAGGGAGGCCUGGGCGUCUAAGGCACACACGGCGGCGUCUGCGUCUCCGUCCAGGCACCCAGGUGUGCCUGUCGUGUUUCCCAGAACACACCUGCUUUCCCUCGAGGAAAUGGGUUCGUUUCUUGUUCUAUCUAGUGCAGGAGAGGAAGGCGAUGAAGCGAAGCUUCUGAGAGAGGGAGGGACCGAGAGGCCGGCGGAGACUGAAGGCCAUGGCAGGGCCACCAAGGGCCACCGUCCAGGGGCCUCCCUGAGGGCCUCUGCAUCGCGCACUUUGCCCCUGUGGAUGCCCUGAGCUUGGCGUCAGGGGUGUAAAUGAAGGGCCACCUUGGCCACUGCCUGUGUGUGUGUGUGAGGGGUCUCGGUCCACAGUGGUCCUGGCCCAACCUGGAGAGCACGUCGGGGGCCUGCUGUCCUGGGGCCUGGGACCCUGCAUUUCUGACCAGCGCCUGGGGGAGCGGGUGCGCCCUGGAGGGAAAGUUCGGCACAGCCUGCUGGUUUUGAAGGAGAAAUGCUGGGGAGUCCCAUGCUGUGGUUGUAUUUUACUCCAAAACCAGACGAGACAGGGACCGCCUGCAGGGCCCUUGGUGGCAUUGACAUUUCCCCUGAAUGAGGGAAAUGGUAGGCACAGCCCUCCCGGCCUCCACAGAGGCACCAGCGCCAGGCCCGCUCCUGGCCGGGACCCCCUUUAAUGCCUGUGCGCUCAGCAGCCCCCAGCGGCCCCCAUAAUUCCCAGGUGCUGAUGAUGCUGAGCACGGAGUUGGGGGUCCCCCACCAAGCGCCAGGGGCUGGGAUGUGGAUGACGUCUGUCUGACCUGCACAUCUGUCUGAGCUUUUCACCCCAAGUGGAUGUGAGGCCAGAGGGGGUGUUGGGAGAAGCAGCGUGAGCGUGCAGGGGGCGCCCGCCUGCCGGGAGCAUUGUCUGCUCCGCUCUGGCCCUGCAGCAGCCGGCGGCCGGUGCCCCCUCACCAGAAGACAGGGAUCCGCGUGGAGGGUCUGCUGUGCUGGAGGGAAGGCUGCUACUGGAGUCCCUGCACGGCUUUGCUCUGGUGGUGAGCGCAGAAGGGAUGAUAUUCUACGCGUCAGCAACGAUCGUGGACUAUCUGGGCUUCCACCAGACGGACGUGAUGCACCAGAACAUCUAUGACUACAUCCACGUGGACGACCGCCAGGACUUCUGCCGGCAGCUGCACUGGGCCAUGGACCCUCCCCAGGCUGGGUGUGGGCAGAACCUGCUCUCAGAGACAGGAGAGGACGCCGUCCUGGGGAGGCUGCUCCGGGCCCAGGAGGGGGCCGCGGGCUGGCCCACCGAGUACUCGGCCUUCCUGACGCGGUGCUUCAUUUGCCGUGUGCGCUGCCUGCUGGACAGCACCUCGGGCUUCCUGACGAUGCAGUUUCAAGGGAAACUAAAAUUCCUGUUCGGGCAGAAGAGGAGGGCCCCGUCGGGAGCCGCCCUGCCCCCUCGGCUCUCCCUGUUCUGCGUCGUGGCGCCCCUGCCUACUGCGGUGAAGAUGCAGAGUGUGUGUCUGAGGGCGAAGCACAGGGUGGACGCCUCGGCCACGCCGGACACAAAAGCAAAAGCUGCCGCAAGUCUCUGUGAACCAGAAUUGCACGGAAAACCCAGUUACUUAGCAGGGAGGGGCAGCGGAGGAAACGGCCUGUCUGUGUUCAGGAGGCCCGCAGACGCCUGCCACUGGGGCCGGCUGGCAACCCGGGGCCCCUGCCUGUGCCUGCGGGGCGGCCACGACCUCCUCCACCCCCACCCCGAGGGGGCCGCAGGGGAUGGGCGAGGAGAGGAACUGGGGGGGUUGCCGAGGGGCCCCUCCUGCCCAAGGGAGCGGAGGGACGUCCCCCCGUACAGCUGCCACCUCGAGGCACAGGGACCCUCGAAGCACCUGAACUGGACGCCGGGGAGACACGGUCAGGACGGCGGCACCAAGCUGAAGCUGGAGCCCGGCAAGGGUGACCCAUUCCCCGCCGCGCAGGCCCGUGGCGCCUGCCUGCCCUACCCGGGCACCCAGGGCACUGUCCACGCCGUCAGGAGCUCACCUGGCUCUCACCAGCCAAAGCCUCCCCCCGGGCCCUGCGCCAGCCGGACCAGCACAGGCUUGCAGGACGGCCACCAGGGCCAGGCUCCCCUACCCACCAGCUGCCCCUUCCCUCAGGGGAGCCUGGAGGACGGGCUUCCUCGGCCAGGAGGGCAGCGUCUCCCCACGGGGUGCUAUCCCACCGAGGACAAGCUUCGAGGCAUCCCAAUGCCCCCGGGAGCCCCGUGUAACCCCAUGUUGUCACUCGAUGUGCCCAUCAAGAUGGAGAGCGAAUCCGGGUCCGAGGAUGCGGCGGAUGGCUACUGUGUGUCCCCGAGCCAGGCGUGGCUGGGGGCCAGCGACGUGGCCAAGAGACAGCUGGUCACUUUCCCUACCAGGAUGCACCUGAAGAUGGAGCCGGACUCCAGGCACCCCCUCUACAGCCCACCCCUGGGGCCCGGCCUGCUGGGGCCCCACCCCAGGCCCGGCAGGGAGCUGGCCCCGUUGCACCCCGCACACUGCGCCUGCCUGGAGCCUCCACCCCGCCUCUGUGCUGGGGGCCACCAACCCCCCAGCCUGGGCUGUGACUGCCAGGCUGCCGGGCCUGUGCCUGUAGUCAAGCUUGAGCCCCUGGACUCGCCCCCGUGGGCCGCUCACGGCCAGGGCGGGGCGCCCGGCAUGCUCCCCAGGAGCACCUUGGCGACACGGAUGCCACCCAGAGACCCCGAGUGCACGUUCCUGCCGUAGAGCAGGCGUCUGCAAAGGCUGACGUCCGUCCCUCGGCCGGCCGGGAUGGCAGUGCAGGGGCAGAGACUUUCCUGAGGGAGGCGCGUGCAAUAGCAGAUCCUGUGUCUCGUCCAAAGCCACUGAGGUUCUUAAAUGCAGAGCGGUCUCAUGUCUGCUCAAGUGUGACAGUAUUGCCCUCUAAGGGGACACGGUUUCUCAGAAAGAGGCCGGAGUGAGCUGGGCCGCCUGGCCGGGCAGCACCGGCGCUCCGAGAGAUGCAGCAAGCGGGGGCAGGCGACCGGCGACCUGGCCUGACCGCACCCCCAGCGCCCCCCCUUCCCGGCUUCCCCGACGCCGCCUCCGGCGAGCGGACCUCGGGGAGCAGCCUCACCCUGGGGGUCCCACUGCCGAGACAGCAAGUUGGGAAUCAAGCCUGUUGAGCGGCAGGUGACCACUUGCCCGAUCCUGGGCGGAGUCCAGAAGUUCCAGGCGGAAGAGGCUGUCAGCACCGGGCCCGGCAGUUCACCACGACGACGUGCAUGUGCCUGAGGCGCUGGCGCAGGCUGAGGCCGGCCCGGGGGAGGAUUGGCCUGAUCCCACCCUGUUCCUCCUUCCGCGAGCGUCUUGGUGUUGUCAGGGGGCCCCUGAAGGUGGUUCUUGCUCAUGUGCCUCUCACCGCAUCACGCAACCUAGUUUACAGGGUCUGGAUUUGCAAGUCUAGAGAAGUACAAGAUGUAGGGAGAGGAACGAGUUAGUCCAGUUGUCCAGCUGCCUUGCUGACUCUCUAGAGGUUUUUAAAUGACACGCCAAUCACCAUCCUAGGAGGAGCUAUUAGAGACGAGACAGACAGGUGAUGCUUUACAAAAACGAAAACAUUGUGGGGACCUCGCUGGCGGUCCAGUGGUUACGACUCCGUGCUUCAAACGCAGGGGCGCAGGUUUGCUCCCUGGUCGGGGAACUGAGAUCCUACAUGCUGUGCGGUGCAGCCAAAAAAAAAAAAGAAAAAGAAAAAAUUGUGAAGGUAACACAUUCUGAACGCAGGAAAUUAGGGUGCAAAGAAUAAAUCGGAAAGUGCAGGUCACCUGCAAUCACCAGGGGUGGCUCGUGGCUCAGGGCGAAGUUCACCGUGCCUUCCGGGGUGACCCCACGCCACGGGUGCAGUUAGUACGGGACACAACACCAGGGGGCAACAUCACCACCAAGCAGGGAGCUGGUCGGAGACCCCCCUGUGCUGUGGUUGGAGACCCUCCUUACGGAUGUGACCAUCUGCCCCGGGAGGCUCGGGACGGGCAGGGGCCCCUUGCAGCUCCGCCACGUUCAGCGGGGGGUCUUUUUGUCCGGCAUCUGUGGCUUUGGGGUGUCACUGUUCAGCUCCUGAGUUAAUGCUGAAGCUGUUUGCUAAAUGCUUCGUCACCCUGUCAGACUCAGGACUGGGCUGGCGGGACUGGAUCUUCUGACCCUUAGGCAGCUAGCUGCCUGCUUCGUGGAGGGGCUUCCCCUGGGGGGCGUGGUGGGAGCUGAAGGUCUCUCCCUGGACUGACAGAGGUUACUCGUUGGAGCCCAGGGUUGGGAGUCAUCAAUUUGUGGCCUCCUGGGAUCCCCGAGCCCUGCCCAGCAGCCUACUCAUCUCUGCCCAGCCCCCGGGGGCCUUGCAAAAGUGACAUCGGUGCUGUGCUGUCCCCCCCUCCCUCGCCAGAGUCUCCCCCUCCCCAUCACAGUGGCAGCCAGGCUGCCUGUCGGGACCACCUGCUUCCCACCCUCGCCCCCCGCUGGGUUAGCAUCCCUCUCUACUUAGUUCUCACGCUGAGCCCAGCACACCUGAUAGAUUUCAUCCCUAAGACAAGGGGUGGAAUAUCGGAAACUUCCUCCUUCCUUUCUAUUCACGCCAAGUGCCCAGCUCCUCGCGGGCAGCCCUGCACCGUCUCUCAAAAGUAACUGUCAGCUUCUCUGGAGCUCCCUCUGUGCAAUGUCACCCUCGGCACAGGAGUGGGUCCUGGGAUGCACCGGGGCACCCCUCAGUGUGACGCCUGCCCUUCCCGUCUCAGGGUACAGCAGACAGGUGCGCUGCACGCGCGUAACACGUAAGUGGGAAAACCCUGGACCGAAAAGAUGGAAUUGAGAGACACCAUUGCAUGUUUGCACGCUGUAGCCGGAUCCUAGUGUAACCAAAAAAGAGCUGCAGGCUGAAGGACAUUCAGCUGUCCCCGCCCAUGAGGGCCACGGUGCCCCAACUUUUCAGAUGCACCCACUCUCCCGGGACCAACUGCACCAAAUUGGUCCUGGUUGGUGGGCAGACAAGUCAUGCGUUGCCGAUGCAGAAUGCAGCCUCUGGACAUCAGCGCUGCAGGUCUUGCGUUCUGGAGAGGCCACCAUGCUCGGGGCCCAGGUCCUGACGUGCUAGGUCGGUGGGAACAAAACGCCUCUCAGGGCUUCCCUGGUGGCGCAGUGCUUGAGAGUCCGCCUGCCGAUGCAGGGGACACGGGUUCGUGCCCCGGUCCGGGAAGAUCCCACAUGCCGCGGAGCGGGUGGGCCUGUGAGCCAUGGCCGCUGAGCCUGCGCGUCCGGAGCCUGUGCUCUGCAACGGGAGAGGCCACAGCAGUGAGAGGCCCACGUACCGCAGAAGAAAAAAACAAAAACAAAAACGUCCCUCAGUCAGCACCUUUGUUAUUUUCCAACCAUGCCCCUGCUGAAAAAUCGUGUGGGGAAGGUGAGGAUGGAAUGUAGAAGGUCAGGUGUGGCCAGUCCUGCUUUAAAAUGUCAUUACAGUGCUAAUUACGGGCUUGUAUUUUCUGUUGCCUGUAGCUUUUGUCUAUAUAGCUGAAAAAUAUUAAAAUCAAAUAUGAUGUAGGAAUGGGGUGGAAGGGAGGAGAUAAACACAAAUUAUAUUUUAUAUUUUUGCAGUUUCUACUGGAUGAAAAAAGCUUUCAAUAUCUAGACUGACUUGUUGAAUUUUUAAAAAUGGAUACACUAUAAUAUAACUAUUUGUACUGUUUUCUCAGUGCCUUUAGAAAGCUUUCAAAUACAUUUCCGAUACUGUGGUUUGUAUUAAAUUUGCAAUAUUGAUGUAAAAUAAAUCAUACAUGUUA